GGGAGGGCGCAUCCCUUGCAAGUUCAAUAGCAUAUUAAAUCACAGUGGUGAGCUGUGCAAGCAAGGAUUCAUUAUAUCAUGGUACAGAAUGAGGUUACCAUAAUCCAUCAGUAAUCAACCAGCCAGUGGGCCAGUAUGAGUGGGAAGAGCCUGCUGCUGAAGGUCAUCUUGCUGGGCGACGGUGGCGUGGGCAAAAGCUCUCUGAUGAACCGCUAUGUGACAGACCGCUUUGACUCCCAGUCCUUCCACACCAUCGGCGUGGAGUUCCUAAACCGUGACCUGGAGGUGGACGGGCGCCUUGUGACACUACAGAUCUGGGACACGGCCGGCCAGGAGCGCUUCAAGAGCCUGCGCACGCCCUUCUACCGCGGCGCUGACUGCUGCCUGCUCACCUUCGCCGUGGACGACCUGCAGAGCUUCCAGAAUCUGGGCUGCUGGAAGAAGGAGUUCAUGUAUUACUCGGACGUGCGCGACCCAGAGCGCUUCCCCUUCGUGGUGCUUGGCAACAAAGUGGACAAGGAGCAGGAGCGCGAGGUCGGGGCAGACGAGGCGCGGGCGUGGUGCGAGGAGAACGGCUGCUACCCCUACUUUGAGACCAGCGCCAAGGACGACACCAACGUGGGCUCGGCCUUUGAGGCAGCCGUGCGAGAGGUCAUCAAAGGCGAGGACCAGAUUGACCAUUCCCUGCUCAGCAGCACCAUUGACCUCCAUGGGAACCGUAAAGCCACCCGCUCUGGCUGCUGUUGAGUCAGCUCCAUCCUAAACUGCUCUGCCUCAGGCCUUGUGCUGUCCUGACCCGUCCUUGCUUGGUUGACCCCUCACCCCCGGCCUAUGUUGUUUCACAGGUACAGGCACAACUGCUAAUAAUAAGAGUGUAAUUGAGACAUGGUACUAUUGUGGCACUAUGGUCCUAGAUGCUGUUCAGUUUACAUUAUACAUUUGCUGCCUGGUACUAAAACACAUUUCAGAAUUCUGAUGGACCCCUGUCGGUAUACCUUAAAGUAUUUCCAAGAGCACAGCUUGCUGCACAUCAGUUUCACAUUUCAAGAUUGUAACCGGUACUUGACAUGCAGUCUCCUCUCCCAGCAGUGUUACAGCUCAUAUUACAGUACUAAACAUGGCGGAAAGACAAACGUACAUCUGCAUAAAACUACUUACUAUUGAGUUCUGUGUCAAACUAAGAAAAGUCAGAGAAGACAUAUUACAUUAUUGUACUAAGUCUAAAGUGUAUGGGUACAAAGGGAAUGUAUGUAUUUUUUUGGAAAGGGAUAGACAUUAGGGCUUCUCUUAUUGCAUGGAUUUUAUACAGGUCUAUGUAACACUGAGUACCUGUCGGUAGCAUCACUUCUUUCAUCCUCUUUUUGUUACAGUGAUCUUAAACUUUUACAGUUUUUUUUAUACUCUCCUUUACUGGGUGGUUUUUGUUACUGACUGCACAACCUGUUCCUUUCUGCAGUGUUGUGUGUGUGUGUGUGUGUGUAUGUGUGUGUGGAUUGGUUCAUAAAACCUGUGAUGCAGGGCAUUUGUCCCAUGUAACAAUGACAACAAAUAGGAUGCCCUACAACAGCUGACUUGUUUUGCUCCUUAAAUUAUUGCAUGGCUUUUAAAAUACCUUUUGAAGUGUUUCUCAAAGUGACAGGAAUUAAUUGCAAGUCCCAUCUCAAGUCUCAACAAAAAAAACGUAUUGAUCACUUAAUCCAUGAGACUUGGUCCAUGUUACACUGAACCAGUGUAGCUGACAUCUGUAUCUCCUCUACUGCUGUCUUGUGCCUUGACAAGGCUGUUUGAGAACAUUCCAGUCUCUGAAUCCAUAACACAAAUCUAGUCUGUACUUGUUACACAAAUCUGUAUGCAAAGUCAGUGGAGCUGAGUGGACGCCCAUGAUCUUUUUGUUGUCUUUUUUUUUAACAAACAAUUCUGUUUUGUUUUGAUUGGUAUCUGAAACUUCAGUGACUUGGCUCUUAUCUGUUCAUCCCCAAGCCAAAAAUGUAUCCGUCCUUUGAUAUGCCUGAUUUACAAGGUAUUGUCUCCACCACUCUGCUGCAUAGUCUGGAAUAGAUUUCCGCAAUCUAGAAUAAUUUAAUUAUUGGGAUAUUAUUGUUUUAUGUUUAAUCUGACAUUUCUAAGUGAAUAAUUGUUUUAUGUGCUCUGUUACAAUGUAGAACCAUAAUAAGUUUUUGCCGCAAUGCCUAUACACUAGGGAUUGUUUUCAUACUUGUUCACAUCUGCAGGACAUCUUUUUAUUUGAUUAGGAUUGUGAUAUGUCCGUUUCAUUGCUCUUCUUUCCCUGCUUCUUUUUGUCUGAAUCUUCAGUGUUGCAAAUGAAAGGUACACUGUGAAUAGGAAACGACAACUCUGUAAAACACUGUGUUACUUCCACUGUAAUAUUGUGGUACUGAAUUAAGCUUAUGGAAAGCAGUUUGUCUGCAUUUGAGUUCAAAAACACACUUAACAGUAUUUAAUGAUUUUGUAUGAUAUGCUCACAGUCUGGUACAAAAUGUUAGCAACAGAAGAGCAGCCGGUGUCAGUAUGAAUGCAAAACUGAUCGGUUGAUUGCGCUUUGAUGUUACUAGUCUUACUGUUUUAUGUGUUACAUUCCCGGGGGCUUGUUAAAUUAAUCCCUCUAGGGGAGUGCUGACUGUCUAUCCAACUUUGUUAAAAUAUUUAAAGCCAGGUGGGCAUCAAUUAAUUAAUAAACCUGCAGCCUGCCUUAUGCUCAGUCAAUACUUGGAUAUGAGUUAUAGCAUGCUGCCUGAAUCGGUACACUCUUACAAGAAAGGUGCCCACAUAAUUCAAUGGCUUUUCCUCAUUGGAAAACCUUGAAGCCCCGAAGGGUUCUCUGGAUAUUACUUUUUGUUUUCAAAAUAGCGUGAAGAGGAUAUUUGUCAUUGAAGUCCUUAUGGGUAUCAAAGUUGGAUCAUAUUUCUGUUUCGAAUCAUUGGUCUGUGCAUUAUGUUUGUUUAUCACUGCACCAGUCAUGAUUUUUUAAGUGAUGCCAAAAUCUGAUUUUCAGAGGGCUAGACUGCAUAGAAUGUAAGCAGUGGCAGUUUGUGCAGACUUGCUAGAGUGUUCUGGCAAGCAGGUGGCUGAUUCGCAUAGCAAUGGGCAUUUAUUCGUAAGUACUGCACUAACUGACACUGGACAAAACCACAGUUUCCUACGACACAGAGUGUUGCACUAGUAGUUGCUUUGAACUGAGAACAAAUUGUUUAAUGGUCCCUGAAAAAAAUGGCUGGAAAGCGCCUCGUGUAUCCAACCCUCAACCUCCAACCUUCGCCAUCUCCGAUCAUCUCUUCAGUUGCACUAAGGAGGUCAGGACUGGCUUUGUUUACAAACCUUACUAAUUUAGUGGUGAAUAUCCAGUGGCAAUGCUAUAAAUAAAUCAUGCAGAAUACCAAACAAAA